ACACGCGUGUGCUAAUGAGCGCCGAUGCUUUUUCUAAUAACUAUCUAGCCCUAAAUCGUGAUCUAGAUAUAUUAGACGCGCCCAUGAGUUCGGGCGGGCGUCAUUACACUCGGGACAUGGUCGAUGAGACUUUCUCUCGUUACGAAGGAGUCCCUUACCAAUCUCUCGCCCAUCCGCUGUCGAUCGACCAGCCUGACCUCAGCGAGCAGGACAGAAUGUCAACGGAGGAACAGAUGUAUGCAUUUUUCGGAGGUUCGUUCUUGAAGAUGGUGUUCGAACUAUUUCGAGGCUGCAUCUCCGGCCAUGUCUAACUAACUAACUAACUAGCUUACUGAAACCGUCUCCCGGAAGAAGCCUCAUCAACCUCGGUUAUCCAUCCGUCCAGCAGCACCCGACUCCUGGUAGUGACUUCUUCUGUCCAGAGACUACGGUUGGUCGUCAAAUUCGUACGACUGAUGCUAAAGGUGCCGCCACUGACGGCGUCGUUUUGAACGUCAGAAACCGCGACAUCUUUUUCUCGCUCAGAGUAGCAGCGAUCCCGAACAGAGUCGUCUUCAUCGCGACCAUCAUCAUCGAGGCGGUCA